AUGGCAGGGGAUGGCUCGCUCUUCUCAUUUGGAUGGGGCCAGUACGGGCAGUGUGGCCACGGCACAUCAGACGAUCAUCUCUCCCCCACGCGCCUCGCCUCCUUUGCCGGCCUCUCAGUAACAGCCAUUGCUGCUGGCCUCUGGCACUCCCUCGCCCUCGUCCUCCCUGCCGGUUCUAUGUGCGGCCGUGGUGCUGGUACUGGGGACGGUGGGAGUGGUCAUGCUGACGUGGAUGUGGACGGCGCUGACGUGGCGCUGGAAGGGGGUGACGUGUACAGCUGGGGGGGCAAUCAGUUUGGCCAGCUGGGGACUGGAGACACGGCCGCUAAGGUGUUUCCAACGCUACUAGAUUGCUCGGAUCUAGACACUCGUUCAGUGAAAGCAAUCUCCUGUGGAGCGAGGCAUUCGGCUGCUGUCACCACCGACGGUGCUCUUUUCGUCUGGGGCUCCAACAAGUUCGGGCAGUUGGGAAUUGGUCACAUUAGAGACAAGCAUUCCCCUCACAUGGUUUCCAUGGAAAAGCAUGACCAGCGACCUUGUGGUGGCAUCACUAGCGCUCAUAAUAAGAAACGGCAACAUGAGCAUUGUGUGCAGAGCGGUAGGUCGUUCGAGCUCCACUGCAGCGCGGACACGCCAGUAGAUUCCGUCUGCGACACUCUCGCCUCCCUAACCGCCAUACCUCCUCAGGACCAGCUCUUAAUCUGCCGCGACGUGCGCCUCGAGCCCGGACGGCAACUCGGAGCGUAUCAACUUCCCGAUGCUGACGCUGACAGCAGCAUCCAUGACACAGCUGGCGCGGUCGACGCGCGCUCGCGCUCCGCAUCUCACGGGCGCUCUCGCCCGGUCUUUCUUUUCAACAAGAUGCGCCUCCUUCCAAAAUCCCCUCCCCCCGCGGUAGAAGAAAUCGAGGAGGUGAUUGUACCAGAAGUGAUUAUAACGGUGGGCGAGCCUGGCGGCGAGCCGUUACAUCCGUUAGACCGGUCGGGUAACCCGCUCCUCCGAGCCAUCCCGUCGUACGAACGGCAAUUUCGUCAGGAUCUGUUACAGGCUCAGGCGUAUCUCGCCGCCAGCCAAUCGCGUUUCGACACGUGUCGGCGGCUCCUGCAGGAGCAGCACACGCAGGCAGAGGCCGUCCGUUCCGGAUCCGCCAGCAUGGAGGCGAUGGCCCUCCAUAUAGUCACAUCGUUUGCGGAUUUCCAGUCCACGUAUAAGCAGCAGCACAGCCGUCACGAGCUCCUUCUGCGAACCUUCCACCGGAACCUCCGCGCGCUGCAUUCUUGUCGUUUACUGGCGCCCGUCCGGGUGGCAACCGGGUGGCAGAGCCUCGUGCAGCUGGCCAAGGAGCCGCGGCUGCAGCAGGCGUUCUCGGAGUGCCACGUGGCGCACGCUCAGAUGGCCACGAAGGUCGCUGAGCUGGAGCAGCAGUUUCAAGACACACGGGCGGGAAUCGAGGAGCUGAUAGGCGGCGGAGCAGGGGGAAGCGGAGAAACUGCAGGCAGCGGGCCCGGGGCUGAUGCUGCUACAGGCGCGGCGGGUGCUGACAGCAGGGGGACUGGUGGCGGAAGAGCAGGCGCGGAAGGGCGGAGGAGGGAGGCGGAGGUGGUGCGGGAGGUGGAGGGGAUGGUGGAGGAGGGGCAUCGGCUGCUGGAGGAGCAAGAAGUCAUUCUUGGCGUUCUGGGUGAGGCAGCUAAUACAGACUGCACUCUCUCAUGCGCCACUGCUCCUCUCCCUGUCCUUUCUCCUUACGCCUAUUUUCCCCUUUCCCCCCCCUUCUACCGUUUUUUCCUAUCCUCCCGCCAGCAAGGAUCUCAACACAGUGAGGCAGCCUCCACGCGAUUGCACUCUCUCAUUCACCAUCUCCCCCCUGUCCUUCCCUCUAUCCCUCCCCUCCCUUCUUCCCCUCCCUCCUUCCGCUCCCUCCUUCUCUUCCUUCCAGCAAGGACCUUAACACACAAAGAUCUCAACACAGUGAGGCAGCUAUUACACGACUGCACCCUCUCAGUCACCCAUUCCUCGUCUUCCUCCUCCCCCUCCUUCUCCCCCUCCUUCUCCCCCUCCGCCUCCCCUUCCCGCCACCUCCCCCCUCCCUCCCCCUCCUCCUCCCCUUCCUCCUCCUCCUCCACCUCCUCUUCCUCCUCCCCUCUCCUCCAACCAAUAGAAGCCGUCGCCGCACUAGACCCGAUCUGCACCGUCCAUUCCUCCUCCCUCCUCCCGCGAAUCUCAGCCAUCGAUUCGCACCUGGCGGCUCUCGUCCAAUCAGCGCGCGCCAGCAAGAUCGCGAUGACGAAUCUCGUCCACACGCGCAUGCAGGCCGUCGCCAGGUGGCAGUCCCGGGUUCGCGGAUUCCGGAACCGCCUGCACGCGUUCCGAGAGGCGAUUUCCCACCAAGACGCGCUCUUCUCGCUCCUCUCCUCCGCCCGGGCUUUAAGAGGGGCUUACGCGGAUUGUUUAGGGGAAAUUGCCCGGAGAAAAGGGUUCGGAAUGGGUGAUUCGAAAACAGGGGCGGAUAACAAAAGCAGUAUUGCACAUGACUAUAACGAGGAUGGCACCGAUAGCAGUGCUUUCCCCUCCCACCAUCAUCAUCACCACCACCACCAACACCGGCACCAUGCUGACGUGGACGACGAGGACGCUGACGUCAGCCAGUCGAACGAUGACGUGGUGGGCGGCAGAAGCGCGGAGGAGCUGGCAGUAGAUAACAUGCGACUCAGGGCGGAGCUGAUUGCGCUCAGAGUGCUGGGCGCAGCUGGGGGAGGUGCUUCUGGGGCAGGUUCAUCUGGGGGAGGUUUAUCUGUGGCCGGUGCUCCUGGGGUAGGCCCAUUUGGGGGAGGCUUAUCUGGGGUGGGGUCUUCUGCUGGGGAAGGUGCAUGUGGUGGGGAAGGAGGAGAGGGAGGACACGUGGAGGAGUGGCAGCAGCUGGUGCAGGCGUUGCAUUUGAGGGAGCAGGUGGUGCGGCAUGUACAGGUGGCACUGCGUGAUAGGCAGGCGCAGGUGCAGGCUUACGAGCGGCGAAUCAGAGAUCUGGAAGGGAUGCUGGGCGAUAUGAGCCGAGACAUCUCUAGGGAUACGGCGGGUGAUAUGGGAAGCGGUAUGAGAAGCAAUGUGGGGGGAGGUACGAGUGAGGAUGUGGGUAGAGACAAGGGAAGUGUGGGGACGAGUGGUGCAGUCAGAGGGAGGGAGGAGGAGCAGCAGGAGGGGAAGGAGGAGGGGCAGGAGGAGCAGGGGGAGCAGGAGGGGGAGAGAGAGGAGGGGAAGAGUGAGGAGGAGAGAAGGAGAGAGGUAGCAGGUUUGCAAGAGGAGCUCCAAACCACGUUGAGUGAGCUGCAGUUAUUGCAAUCCAAGCUCACUGCGACAGAAUCGCAGCUAUCCGCAGCGCAAUCGAAUUUGUCCGCAGGAGAAUCAAAUCUGGCCACCGUCCAAUCGAAGCUCACCGCGGCGGAAGCCAGGCUGGCAGCCGCUGAGUCCCAGCUGGCGGAGGCCCGCGAUGAGUCAGCGCGGCUCGAUGCGCUGCUGAGCGAACGCAAUGCUGAGCUGGACGCCCGCAGUGUAGAUAUAAAUAAUAUCACUGUAGAUUAUAAUGCUUGUAAAGAGGAAUUGGGUCUGUGUAUAGCGGAGCGUGAGCGAAAUCAGAGCCAGUUAGAGCUGCUGCAGCAGGAGUUGGAUCAGGCGAGUCAGCAGCAGAGGCGUGAUGUGGCCAGAGUGGCGGAUCUCGAAGCUGAUGUGGCACGGAAGGAUGCUGAGCUGGCGAGGCUGGCCGCUGACCUGGCAGCUGCUGAGGUGGCGGCGGGAAGGCUUGCUGCGCUGGAGGAGAAGGUCGGUGGGCCGGUGCAGCUGCAGCAGCUGGUGAUGGAGAGGUUGGGAGCGAUGGAGAGGGGUGGAGUAGAAGGGGCAUUAGCAGGUACGGGAGGAGGUUGGGAAAGGAAGGGUGGUUCAACAGCUGGUUCGGAAGCUGGUGCGGGAUUGGAUCGGCAGGUCAGUGACGUGGCGAGACACGUGGCAGCAGUAGAGGAGUCGACUGCCACGUCACCCAGGCAGGGCAGUGACAUGGCAAGACAGGUGGCGGCGUUGGAGGAGGCGCUGCGGAGGAAAACCGCCAUGCUGGCAGAAUGCCAGCUCAACUGCGCCCACCUGGAGAACCGGCUGCAUGAGGCACGGAGUGCAGUGAGGACCGAGGCUCGACACAGCGAAGCAAAGGCCGAGGCACAGACACAGAGGGAGGAGAGGAAUGAGGGACGUGCGCUUAAAUGCACCGAGCUAUCUGAGUGGCAGCGCAAGUGCGCAGAUCUAGAGACCCGGCUGCACGAGGCGAGGAGCGAGGCCCGGACCAUGCGCUGUGCGGCGGACCGACGGGCGGCGGAGAGCGGCGGGUUGCGGGCGGCAGCAGUGCGGCUGAGAGGGCUGAUGGAGCGAAUCAACCGAUGCCUGCAGGCCAACAGCCUUUCAGCCGUGGUUGAGGGGCUUUCUGGCCUUGCCGAUUCCCUGGGGGAGGCGACGGGUGCAGCAGCUGCUAUUGACCUGAGCAGGAGUGCUGUUCUUGCUGCCAGCAGCGCGGCUAUGGGCAGCAUUGCUAGCAGCAUGACCAGCAGUGCUGCUGCUUUUCUUCCUCCUCCUCCUCCUGCUGCUGCUGCUGCUGCUGCUGCUGGUCAUGCUGCCCCUGCUGUGCCGACAGCAGAGGAGUGGGUGGUGGCGGCGGUGAGGGCGAUAGCGGUGGGCGUGGGGCGGGUGGUGGAGCGCGGGCGCAGGGCAGAGGGGGACGCGCACCGCCUGGCACGUCAGCUGCAGAGAACAUCUGAUGCACUGGUGGACAUGUCAUCCAAACAUGAGCUUGUCAAACAGGUGAGUGAGGAUGAAACAGGUUGGCAGUGA